UGUUGAAGUCAUCCAACGAUUCCAUUGUCUCCCAAUUUCAGCUGAAUUGAAGCAACCCAUAUAUUUAAAUUGUUUCCCGCCAAUUCAGAACUGUUGGCAUGGCAAGCAGCUACAAAAGGUUUAUGAGUAUACAACAAAAGAAACAAAAUCAAAGUACUCCAAAACCUUCGAGAAGACACAGUAAUCCUGAAAAUCAUUCUAGCUCAACAAAGGACACGCCUCCGAUAAAAGGAAAUAUUACAGACGCAAGUGGAAAUACAGUUGGUGACAGAUUUUCUACGUCUUCACAAAGAGGAAGCCAUGAAAAUGACUAUUUGCGUUCUAAUAUGUUUCAACGCGAAACCAAGAAAGAUAAUUUGAGCAGAAACUCUUCAUACUCUGGCAGUAGAAGCUCUCAAAAUCCUGAAAUUGCCGAAUCUCUGGGGAAGCUAGAAGAGUACAAGCUCCUUUCUCCAUAUAUUCCCCAAAAACUUUCACCUACAAGCUAUACGGAUAAAAUUUCUUCACCUUCAACUAUUUUGCCUAAGAAUUAUACGAGCAAUAGUACCAUAGACAAGGCAGAGGGCCAAACUCACCCAAAUUUAGUUCCUCGAACUAGUGAUGUUUUACAAAAUGAGUUGAACAAUGAGGUUAAAAAUACUGAAGAGCAUGUUUUAACUGAGAAAUUUUCUAACCGAAAUGAACUUGGUGGUCUCAUAUCAGAGUACAAAGCAAACUAUGUCGUAUCUCCCGGGCCAAGGACAAGAAGCUUCAUCGAUACGAGUACUGAUGUAGCAUCAAAAAGCAGUAUGUUAGACAAUAGCAGGUCAUUUAUUGUGGAUGUAAGGUCUGCCGAAGAAUCUCAAGUGCUUUCCUUGAAAGCUUCCAGUCGACAUACCUCAACACAAGGUUCUGCGAUUGCACAAGGCUUGAACGAUGAUCGACAAAAAGGAAGUGCUACAAGUUUGAUAGAAUUGGCGGAGAAAUAUUUAGUACAAGGUAAUUGUGUUCGAUUUCACUUUCUGAAGGAUCUUUUAUGCAUGACUGCGUACUUAGAAUAUAACACGACAUCGCGGGAGUUGUUUCGAAUAGCAUCAGCUUCAUCCGACGCCGAUGACGAAGAAAGAAUAUUGUUCGUACAAAAUGGCUUCGUUCCUAAAUUGGUCGAGAUCUUUGACAGAGAGUACAAUGUUUCUGAAGGAACGAAUGUUGUCGAAAAAGUUCACGUCGCAUCUAUUGCCGGAAAUUUAGCGCUUACUGAAGCAAACGAGGAAGUUAUUGCCGCCUCGGGUCUGCUUGAACGUUUCAUCUUUGUGAUCAAAGCCUUGUCGCCCUAUAACUCCUUAGAUCACCUCACUUUGAACUUUCUGCAAGAAUGUUGUAGAGCCAUAAGAAAUCUUUCUGAGAAUACGACAACGAUGUCUAUGAUAUUACAAUCAGACACCAUAAGUAAUUUUACACUUUUAGUAGCUAAUGUAUGUAAGCAGAGUCACAGUUGCGUAACUGAAGCUGUCGCUGCUAUGAGGAACCUUUGCCGAUCAGAAGAGUGUCGUUCUCAGUUGGUGGAAUCCAAGGGAGUCACGAUAGUUUGCAAUAUUCUUAGUGAACAAGGCAAUACUUCGCCAACAAAACUAAACGCUGAGUUAGUCUCGCAAAUUUGUUCUUUCCUUGCCGAGAUUGCUAUUGAUAAUCGUGCUGCUAAGCAACUAGUUUCCCAUGAAGCGGUCUUUCUGUUAUUAGUGCAGAACAUGGGUUCUAAUAUUCCUGAGGUUGCGUUUGAAAGCAUCCGCGCCAUAGCGAACUGCUUUGCUUCGGAGGGUGCUCAGAAGAAGUUCUCACGAGGUGGCAUUGUGGAACAAGUUAUCUCAAAACUGGAAAAGUCUGUUGAAGUUGUGUUUGGGUCACCAGGCGACAAGCAAGAGAUAGAUAUCUCUCUUAGAAUAGCAAUUGCUAUCGAGGCUAGCAGGGCGUUAGCCAAUCUAGCAUUAGGUUUUAUUCGUGAAGAUUACUCCAAGGCAAUUUCAGUAGCAAAAACCUGUGCCGAGAUCAUUCUUAACGAAGAAGAAGAGAAUUUUCCUGCCCCGAUUAUUAAUGUGCUGUUCGAACUACGUGGCGAGUGUUUGCGUUGUGUUGCCAAUUUGUCGGAAAACUCCACCAUUUGUAUUGAACUUUCCAAACAUCUAUUAUCCCAUGCCAACCAGAACGUGCUCAAUAUGUUUCUUCGCAAGUGUAUUCAAUACUGUGGUGAAACUUUUCGUGACGAUGCUGCACGACUCAUAUCGAACCUACUAGAAAUUCCUUGUCUAGAAAGUGAAAGCUCAGUUUUAUGCCGCCUAGGAAAUGUUCUGUCAGAAAUCAAUGGAGAUCAUGGUUUUAUUCCUGACCAAAACACAUCAAGUGUUCUGAUUCCAUUUUUAAAUUCCUUCACUUUGGAUAUGAAAGUCGAUAAGGAUUUCCAUGAAAGUGAAGAUUCCCAAGCAAAUAACACAAAAGUUGCCAGUCGCCUUCCAAAAAACUGUGUGGAACAAGAUGUUAAUAUUACAGGUCCACUGGAGACUUUCAUUGAAGAACUUCAUCGACUCAAAGAGUUUUGCAAAAGGGCCGAGAAAGCACUUCAAAAAGGUUUGGUGAGGCAAAAAGUUUCAAUUGAUACUUUGGCCAGUGCAUUUGAGCAAGUCUGUGCCACAAGAGAGUGCCUUGAUAAACUUUUUACCGAUCCUUCAUGUUCAUGAGAUAGAGAGACUAGUCAGCUUUUGGGAAUGAAUAUGAGGUAUAGCAAUGGAAUUUUUUUGUAAAAGCAGAAUAAGUUAACUGUACUAGUUAAUUUGCCGUGUUUAAGUUUAUAUGAAGAGAUUUCUAAUUUGGAUGCUUUGAAUUCCCCUUUACUAGAAAUUAG